ACUCUCUUUCCCUUGUGGAGCUUGUGAUUGUUUCGUGAACGUAACGACUUUUCCGUCGUCAACGAUUCCACCUUCGUUUCGUCUUAAACCGUCCCCUUCAUUUUUCCCCUUUGUUUGUGCAAGAAUUUUUAAAAAUGUCUGCGACAUACGCUAGUUUCAUGGAAAAGCUUGACAAAAUUUUACAUCAAAAAUCAAUUAUUACUCCAUAUCUCGAAAAAGCGGAGCAACUCACCGGAGUUAAACGAGUCCAUUUAGCGCUAGGAUUCGGAGUAAUAUGGGCGCUGUAUAUGAUCCUGGGUAAAGGUGCCGAACUCAUCUGCAAUGCCAUUGGAUUUGGAUACCCUGCAUACGCCUCGAUGAUAGCUCUGGAGUCAGACACUAAGAUUGAUGACACAAAAUGGCUGACAUACUGGGUGACCUUUGCUGCCUUUAGUCUUUUGGAAUUUUUCUCAGAAAUUAUUUUGGAUUUUGUUCCAUUCUAUUGGCUGAUGAAGUGUAUUUUUCUGAUAUGGUGCUUUGCUCCCAUCUCCAACAAUGGUUCUCAGUUCUUGUACCACAGGGUGAUCAGGCCGGUCUUCCUCAAGAACAGGAAGUCUAUUGAUGAUGUCCUCAACAAGGCCACCACCAGUGCUGCGGGACUUGCCAAAGACGCUGCCGGCAAGCUCAUAUCGGGGAAGUCCGAGUGAAAGUUCCAUUCUCCACCUACGCCUGUAUACUGAAUAUGUCGAGGUGGCAACAUGGAUUGUUUGAAAAAGCUUUUCCAUGCUCGGUUUCUCUGUUUAGUGUUCAUAAUAUGUAAAUAAUUGUUAAUGCAUAUUGUGAUAUGUUAAUUGUGUAUGCACGUGCCAUGUAUUCUUGUUUUGUUGAGUCUCAGGUUUUUUUUUCUCUUUCCAUCACAGAGAUCUGUCAAGUUUCUGUAAUAACAUUGACUUUUUAAAACAGAUUGAUUUUAUUAGUAUAAUUGAAAACAAUCUUUGUAAUAAACUUUCAAAGUUA